GUCCAGGGUAGGACUGGAGAGGCUGCAGUGAAACUGACCCUCGGCGUGCGCACAGCGUCUUUGGAGGGAGUCGGUUAGCACCUACAGGAAGGAAAGAAGUGAAAUACGUGAUGGUAGUAAAUGCGAGCCGUAUUCGCGGUCGUGCACCUGAAGUUCCAGCGCUCGGGAGGCCGAGGCGGGAGGAUCACUUUGAGCUUGGCAGUUACGGACCAGCCUGGGUUGAAUAGAAGAAGUGGUGGAAAGGGAGGCUGGAGUGAUGGCUCAGCCGGGCAGCUGCAGACAGAUGCGCGUGUGCAGUGCUUUUUAAAAAGCUGCUAUCGGCUGGUGGACUAUCUGGAAGGAAUCCAGAAGAACUUUGAUGAAGCUGCCAAGGUGCUGAAGUUCAACUGUGAGGAAAACGGGCACAGUGACAGCUGCUACAAGCUGGGGGCCUAUUACGUGACUGGAAAAGGUGGCCUGACUCAGGACCUAAAGGCUGCUUCUGCCUGCUUUCUGAUGGCCUGUGAGAAACCAGGAAAGAAAUCUGUGGAGUCCUGUCACAAUGUUGGUCUCCUGGCACAUGACGGACAGGUCAAUGAGGAUGGCCAGCCUGACCUGCAGAAGGCCAGGGACUAUUACACCAGGGCCUGUGAUGGCAGCUUUGCAGCCAGCUGCUUCAACCUCAGCGCCAUGUUUCUGCAGGGCGCCCCCGGCCUUCCCAAGGACAUGGGUCUGGCAUGUAAAUAUUCAAUGAAGGCCUGUGACCUGGGUCAUGUCUGGGCCUGCGCCAAUGCCAGCCGCAUGUACAAACUGGGGGAUGGUGUUGACAAGGACGAGGCCAAAGCCGAAGUGCUGAAAAAUAGGGCCAGGCAGCUGCACAAAGAGCAGCAGAAAAACGUCCAGCCUUUAACGUUUGGGUAAUGGGCAGCCCACUCUCCCAAGCUGCAGACAGCUUGCUGGCACCUCUUCUGUGAGGCCAGAUGAGGAGCCCUUGGAGGUCGGUCAGCACCUGCCGGAGGUGGGGGAGCUGGAAGUGUGUACUUUUAGUAAACAAUCCUUUGUGUUACUCUGAA